AUUGACUCACCUGUCCUCACCUGUCCCGUCCAUCCCCUCACCUGUCCAUCCCCUCACCUGUCCCAUCCAUUGACUCACCUGUCCCUUACCUGUCCCUUACCUGUCCCGUCCAUCCCCUCACCUGUCCAUCCCCUCACCUGUCCCUCACCUGUCCCAUCUAUUCACUCACCUGUCCCUCACCUGUCUGUCUCCGCAGCCCCUCCCCUCCCCCCCUCACCUGUCCCGGGCUCUCCCCCGCUGCCCCUCCAGGUGCGCCUGGCCGCGGGCCCGCACAGGUGCGCGGGGCGGGUGGAGCUGCUGCACCUGGGCAGGUGGGGCUCGGUCUGCGACCACACCUGGGACCUGGCGGCCGCGCGCGUCACCUGCCGCCAGGUGGGCUGCGGCCCCGCCCUGGGCGCACCUGGGCGGGCGCGCUACGGGCCAGGUGAGGGCCCGGUGUGGCUGGGCCAGGUGCGCUGCACAGGUGAGGAGCUCACCUUGGACAGGUGCGAGCGGCGGCCCUGGGAGGAGCACGAGUGCGGGAGGGAGGAGACGGCGGCGGCCGUGUGCGCAGGUGCGGAUCCCCCCCAGGUGCGGCUGCGGGGCGGGGCCGGGCCCUGCGCGGGGCAGGUGCAGGUGCUGCUGAACCGCACCUGGCUGCAGGUGUGCGGCCUCACCUGGGGGCUGCCCGAGGCGCAGGUGCUGUGCCGGCAGCUGGGCUGCGGCCCCGCCCUCAGCGCACCUGUGGGGCCUCACCUGGCCGGGCAGGAGCCUCACCUGGCCGGGCUCACCUGUGAGGGCUCCGAGUCGCAGCUGGCCGAGUGCCUGGAGAGGGGGGCGGGGCCGCGCACCUGCGCAGGUGGGGCGGCCGAGGUCAGGUGUGCCCUGCCGGCAGGUGCUGCCCCCACCUGCGCCUACCUGGUGGCGCUGCUGGUGCUGCUGACGUCACUGGGCGGGGCCCUGCUCUGGCUCACCUUGCGGGCCAGGUGUGUCCCAGCUCACCUGGACGCCCCGAGGGCCCCCGGUGCCAUUUACCUGCCCAGGAGGGCCUCACCUGGCCAGGUGGAGGCGCUGCAGCUGAUGGACGACGCCCCCUGAGCUCACCUGGUGGGGAACACCUGGAACUCACCUGGUGGGGCUCACCUGGAACUCACCUGGUGGGGCUCACCUGGAACUCAC